GAGGGCAGGGGCGCCGCCACCAGCACCACCGCCUCCUAAGUUCCCCCUGGUGGAUGCACGGCCCCGGUCGGUCGCUCCGCUCCUCCUUCCCGCUCCCGGCGCAGAGGGGCCCGAAGAGGCCGGAGGAGCGGGCUCGGGACGGGAUUUCUGAGGAAGGGGAGAGGACGGGCGCCCCACCCGCUCGGAGGGUGGGGGGCUCGGUGAACGAUGAAGGGCCGGCGGCGGCGGCGCCGGGAGUACUGCAAGUUUGCGCUGCUGUUGGUGCUGUACACGCUGGUGCUGCUGCUCAUCCCCUCCGUGCUGGACGGCGGCCGCGACGGCGACAAGGGCGCCGGGCACUGCCCCGGCGUGCAGCGCAGCCUGGGAGUCUGGAGCUUGGAGGCGGCGGCGGCGGGCGAGCGCGAACAGGGCGGGGAGGCGCGGCCGGCCGCGGAGGGGGACGCGGGCCAGCCCCCUCGGCCCCCGGGCAACCUCAGCGGCGCCGUCGGGGAGGCGGUGUCUCGCGAGAAGCAGCACAUCUAUGUGCAUGCCACCUGGCGCACCGGCUCGUCGUUCCUGGGCGAGCUCUUUAACCAGCACCCGGACGUUUUCUACUUGUACGAGCCCAUGUGGCAUCUAUGGCAGGCGCUGUAUCCGGGCGACGCCGAGAGCCUGCAGGGCGCGCUGCGCGACAUGCUGCGCUCGCUCUUCCGCUGCGACUUCUCGGUGCUGCGGCUGUACGCGCCGCCGGGGGACCCCGCCGCGCGCGCCCCGGGCGCAGCCAAUCUUACCACGGCCGCCCUCUUUCGCUGGCGGACCAACAAGGUCAUCUGCUCGCCGCCGCUGUGCCCCGGCGCGCCCCGUGCCCGCGCUGAGGUCGGCCUCGUCGAGGAUGCUGCCUGCGAGCGCAGCUGCCCGCCCGUGGCUCUACGCGCCCUGGAGGCCGAGUGCCGCAAGUACCCGGUGGUGGUCAUCAAGGACGUGCGCCUCCUCGACCUGGGCGUGCUGGUGCCCCUGCUGCGGGACCCCGGCCUCAACCUGAAGGUGGUGCAACUUUUCCGCGACCCGCGGGCCGUGCACAACUCGCGCCUCAAGUCCAGGCAGGGGCUGCUGCGCGAGAGCAUCCAGGUGCUGCGCACCCGCCAGCGGGGCGACCGCUUCCACCGCGUGCUACUGGCGCACGGCGUGGGCGCUCGGCCCGGGGGCCAGGCCCGCGCCCUGCCCGCCGCACCGCGCGCCGACUUCUUCCUGACCGGCGCGCUCGAGGUGAUCUGCGAAGCCUGGCUGCGCGACCUCCUGUUCGCGCGCGGCGCGCCCGCCUGGCUGCGGCGCCGCUACCUGAGGCUGCGCUACGAGGACCUGGUGCGGCAGCCGCGCACCCAGCUGCGCCGCCUGCUGCGCUUCUCCGGGCUGCGCGCGCUCGCCGCGCUCGACGCCUUUGCGCUCAACAUGACGCGGGGCGCGGCCUACGGCGCCGACCGACCCUUCCACCUGUCGGCGCGCGACGCCCGCGAGGCCGUGCACGCCUGGCGCGAGCGCCUGAGCCGAGAGCAGGUGCGCCAGGUGGAGGCGGCCUGCGCUCCAGCCAUGCGCCUGCUGGCCUACCCUCGCAGUGGAGAGGAGGGCGAGCUGGAGCCGCCCGUGGAGGAGGAGAAGCCGCCUGAGACCGAGGCCGACGGUGCCACGUAGCCCCUGCCCCCGCCCCCAACGCGCGCCCCCGGGACGGAUCCGGG